CGCCUCGACCGGAAGUGACGGAUGUAGCCACGAGCCCGACGAACGGCUUGUUCGAAAAUACAACAAGGAAGUGACCGUUUAUUGUAAAGGAAAAUAACCACCGGAUAAUAAACGCUCUCCUCACGUCGGGGGUCGCCUUGCUCGGUUGUUGGGUUUCAGGGGGGUAAAGUCACCGUGGACUUGCCCGAGGUUCCAGGUCGUCUCCAGGGAUUCUGGUUGUAGCCAGCAAGCUAGCUAGCGAUGAACACGGACGUAGAAUUUCACAUCAGGCAGAAUUAUCCUUGGACCAAGCUUCCUGCUAAUGUCAAACAGUGUUUGGGGAACUCUCAGCGAGAGUAUGAGAAGCAUGUGCUGCUCUACAGCAUCCGCAACCAGCUGCGAUUCCGCAAUAACCUAGUGCGCCACGUGAGGAAGGAUGAGCGCAAGUAUUAUGAGGAGCUCCUGAAGUACAGCCGUGACCACCUGAUGCUGUACCCCUACCACCUGUCUGACAUCAUGGUGAAAGGGCUGCGCAUCACUCCGUUCUCAUAUUACAUAGGAAUCAUGGAGGAUAUUAUGAACAGUGAGAAGAGUUACGACUCCUUGCCCAACUUCACUGCAGCUGACUGUCUGCGGCUGCUUGGCAUCGGGAGAAAUCAGUACAUUGACCUAAUGAACCAGUGCAGGUCGUCCAAAAAAUUCUUUCGCAGGAAAUCAGCGCGAGACCUGCUCCCAUCCAAACCAGUGGAGAUCUCUGUGGAGCCGUGGUGGACGGCGCAGACCGGCUAUAUCACCGAGGACGAUAUCAGGAUCUGUUCCACAGCAGAGAAGAAAGCCAUUGAUAAGAUGAUAGACGCUGGAGCUCAGCUGGCUGGAACAAUGGAGUACAAUGUGGUGUUAAGCUUGUACAACCGGGGCUUCAUAUACGUGGAUGUUCCCAUAUCUGAUGACAGCUGCAUCUCAGUGCUGACCAGCCAGUGUGAGCAGCACCCCCUUCUAUUUGUCUUUCAUCGUCCCUACAGACAAAGUAAAGCCUACAGUAGAUACGGGGCAUUGGGGGUGGUGUGCAUGAAUGUCAGGAUUCUCUUCUGA